AUGCAGACGAUCAAAUGCGUCGUCGUCGGUGACGGUGCCGUCGGAAAGACCUGCUUGCUCAUUUCCUACACCACGAAUGCGUUUCCCGGCGAAUAUAUCCCUACGGUCUUCGACAAUUACUCGGCCAAUGUCAUGGUAGACGGCAAGCCUGUCAGCUUGGGCCUCUGGGAUACCGCAGGACAAGAAGACUACGAUAGGCUGCGUCCCCUCUCGUACCCGCAAACCGACGUCUUCCUCAUCUGCUUCUCCCUCGUCUCACCGCCGUCAUUCGAGAACGUCAGGACAAAGUGGUGGCCGGAAAUCAGCCACCAUGCCCCUAACAUCCCCAUCAUCCUCGUCGGCACCAAGCUCGACCUUCGUGAGGACCCGGAGACGAUUGGCAAGCUGCGCGACAGGAGGAUGCAGCCCAUCUCGUACCCGUCGGGCGUGCAGAUGGCGAGGGACAUCGGUGCUACGCGAUACUUGGAGUGCUCAGCGCUCACGCAGAAGGGGCUCAAGGGGGUCUUCGAUGAGGCAAUCCGCUCGGUUCUCGCACCGGCACCCAUCAAGUCGCGAAAGAAGAACAACUGCUUGAUCCUCUAG